GUGUAGCCAUGCAUGCAGGAGUGGGAGGAUCCACUCGCUUCAAUUCUCGAUCUCAGACUUUUUCGCCGCGACAGGAGCACAACCGACCAACCAAGCGUCUCUGUUGCUUCCAGCGAGUUACUGCCGGGACAUCCACACACACACACACACACAACACACACACAAACAACACACACACACACACACGCACACUUUUCUGCUGUCUUUGGAUUUGCUGUCAACUUUUUUCUUCCUCGUGUGUGUGUGUGUGCGGUGGGUUGUUGUUGUUGUUGUUUUUUUUGUUGUUUUUUUUUGGGGAGGGGUUGUUGUUGCUCCUGCUCCUCUCCCUCCGCGCUUGACGAAAACCGCGAAGCCAUUUUUCCCUGCAGCCUUCUCCCGUCGGCUCGAGGACGCAGCAGAAGGCGCUCGCUCGCUCCUCCGAUCACAACAGGUGACUGCUCCGCGACAGUUGUCCACGCGUACUGUUUCUGCCUUGCCUCCCCGACACGCCGGGGACCCGUGUCGCCGGCUCCAGACUGCCACCUUCCCUUCCAACUGUUGCGAGCAUCCGAUUCGACUCUUUUUUUUUGUGGUCUUUUUUGCAUUUUGAUCUGGUUAACUUUCACUUUGUGCACUCGUCCUCCUGCGGGCUGCGCGUCAGACAGUCAACGGGUCGUCCUCGCGUCCCUCCCUGCAGACAGCUCUGCGUGCCGGGGACCCCUUUUUUUUUUCCUUCUUUUUUUUUUUUUUUUGUUCCCCCUUGUCACGUCUGACCGUGUUCUUAUGGAUAUUGCAACAGGUCUGGUGUCGCUGGAGCGCCUCUCCGCGGGAGAACAGUCCGAGACUUGCAUCAUGCUGGACGGCAUCAAAAUCGAAGAUCACCCCCUGAGAUCGGGACAGGCCACUCUCGGAGUCAUGCUCGGGGCUGACUGUCACCAUCCGUCCGUGUGUGAGGGAUGCCAGCGGCCCAUCUCCGACCGCUUCCUGAUGCGAGUCAACGAUUCCUCGUGGCACGAGGAGUGUUUGCAGUGCACCGUGUGUCAACAGCCCCUCACCACCAGCUGUUACUUCAGAGAAAGGAAACUUUACUGCAAACACGACUACCAACAGUUGUUUGCGACUAAGUGCAGCGGCUGCUUGGAGAAAAUCGCCCCCACCGAGUUUGUGAUGCGCGCCCUGGAGUGCGUCUACCACCUCAACUGCUUCUGCUGCUGCGUGUGCGACCGCCAGCUGCGGAAGGGCGACGAGUUUGUCCUGAAGGAGGGUCAGCUGCUGUGCAAGAUCGACUAUGAGAGGGAGAAGGACUUGCUCAGCUCGGUCAGCCCCGAUGACUCAGACUCAGAGAAAAGUGACGAUGAGGAGCUGGACAUCAAGCCAGAGAAAGGUAUUGGAGGCCAGGGGAAGGGGGAUGAUGGGAAGGAUCCGAGGAGGCCCAAGCGACCACGAACCAUCCUGACCACUCAGCAGAGACGGGCCUUCAAGGCCUCCUUUGAGGUGUCCUCAAAACCGUGCAGAAAGGUGAGGGAGACGCUGGCUGCAGAGACAGGACUCAGUGUUCGGGUGGUCCAGGUGUGGUUUCAGAACCAGAGAGCUAAGAUGAAGAAGUUGGCAAGAAGACAGCAGCAACAACAAGAACAACAGAAUUCUCAGAGACUUGGCCAAGAGGUGAUGUCCAAUCGGAUGGAGGGGAUGAUGAACUCCUUCACACCGCUGGCACCGCCGCAGCAGCAGCUGGUCGCCAUGGAUCAGAACGGCUACAGCACAGACCCGUUCCAACAGGGGCUCACCCCCCCACAGAUGCCCGGGGACCACAUGAACCCAUAUGGUAAUGACUCUGCAUUCCAUGACAUAGACAGCGACACGUCUCUAACCAGCCUCAGUGACUGCUUCAUGGCAUCGUCGGAAGUCAACUCCAUGCAGGCCCGCGUGGGGAACCCCAUCGACCGCCUCUACUCCAUGCAGAACUCUUAUUUUGCAUCAUGAAAGAGAGGAGCAGAAAAAAAGAAAAAGUACAACAGCACAGAAUAAACUGCCCAUCUCAACCUGAAGUGCGAUGGCCAGGAGCUUCUACACACACACACGGACACGACAGAAGAAACACCUCCUCACAGUAGCUCCUGGUUAUGUGCGGAAGCUUACUCAAAGAUAGUAAAACCACUUGUUGUAGGACAGCGCAGAUUCCUGGGAAAAAAAGACUUAAAUAUUGUUAGAGAUUACUUGGUGGAAUUGCUUAUCUGUCACAGGAGAUGUGUUACUCUUUCCUUUGUUCACUUAAAGAUAACAAGUAGAUGUUGAAGCCACUGAUUACACACUCUCAACCCAAAUAACAGUGAAUUUGUGCAUGAUCAAUUGUAAACUUAAACUUUUUGCAAGCCCUCCCUGCCCUGCCCGCUUAAGAUGUGACGUCUGGACGGUUUCUUCUCUACACUACAUGGAUUUCCAUGUUCAUCGUUAGCAUUUUGAUCACUUUCAAUAGGUUAGAUAUUGUGUUAAUAGUAAAUAGAUGCAGCAUGUCUGCAAGAGUGACUGUACAUUUGUGUAAGUAAGAGAGUUUGUGGUGAGAAAGAAUUGUUUAGAGGCGAGAAAAAAAAGUGGAUAAUUUGGUGGACAAAGUAGGAUCAGUGAAGUGUAAAUACUUUCCCCAGGCAAAUUGGAUGUGCAUGUUAAAAAUGGAAAGCAUUCUAUUUAUUUAACUAUAACAGGCUCUUGAAGGUACAUAUUAAAACUGAAAAGCUUUAUUUAAAAAGGAGAGCAUUUUUUUGGUUGAGCAAUUAGUGAGUUCAUGAGUGUCACAACUCAUCUGUAUGCCUUUUUAAUAUGAAGAUUAACCCUUUUGUUGUUUUUUUUUUGUUUUUCUUCAGCCAAGCUGUAAAUGAGCAAUGUUGCUAUUUAUUUCGUACAGACCAUAAACCUUUUGUUGUCAUUGUCAUAUGUGCAUUCUCAAAAAUGUUAAAGUUGCUAAUUGACCAAAGUUGACUGGUUUGAUGAAUAAACAAUGUCUUUCUCCUGAUAACAUUAAAUAAAUGCCAUUCAGUGAUCAUG